AUGGCCAUGGUCGCCGCACGCCUGCGGCCCGCGUUCGGAGCGGCGCUCCGCCGCACCUCGGCGCUACCGGUCGUCGCGCGCGCGGGGGCGCCGGUGCGCGUGACGGCCGCGAGGGCCUUCAGCGGGAAGGCGGGGGCGAAGGUGUGCAAGGUGAUCGAGCAGGAGCUGAAGCACGAGGAGGAGAACUACGAGCAGGCGAAGGAGAUCAAGGCCUUCCUGGCCUCUAGCCCGUUCAAGCUGGUGGACGAGCCAGGCAACGUGAACAUGGUGCUCGAGCGAGAAAUGGACGGCAAGGUCGUCAAGAUCGAGUGGCAGCUCAUGCCGCCCUACGACCCCGAGGGCGACGCCGAGGGCGGAGAGGGCGAGGAGCCCACGGCCACGGAGCUCUCGGUGUCGGUGGAGAGCAAGUCCACGGGCGCGGGGCUCAUGUUCUACUGCAGCACCCAGACCGGCGAGGAGCACCGCUAUGUCAUCGGCCAGGUCAAGACCUACGCCUCCGCGGAGGAGCGCGACAGCGUGGGCGCCUACAACGGGCCCGAGUUCGAGGACCUUGACGACAAGCUGCAGGAGGCGUUCGACGAGUACCUGGCCGAGCUCGGCAUGUCCAGCGAGGUCUGCGACUUCGUGGACCAGAUGGCCGUGGACAAGGAGCAGCGGGAGUACUGCAGGUGGCUCCAGACCGCCAAGAAGUUCCUGGAGUGA